GCCCUUUGAAAUGUCCCAAAAUACCCCCAUCAAAACCAAGAAAAUAAACUUAAAAGCCUAGUAAAUUUACAAAAAAACUAAGGAUAUUUUGGUAAUAAAACGUCUAUAUAAUUAUGAAACACUCACCUUCUUCUCCAUCAACAAACAGCAGCCAUGCAAGCCCACUUCCUCGCCGGCCAUCGCGUCUCGCCACCGCCGCAUCGCCGGAGUCCAGUUUCCGCCGUGCUGGCCCCACCGCAGCUGCGCCGGAAAGUGACCCACUCACUGCCGCCGGAGAAAGCUGAGGUUUUUCGCAGCCUUGACGGAUGGGCGUCCAGUAACUUGCUGCCAUUACUGAAGCCUGUGGAGAAGUGCUGGCAACCCAUGGACUUCCUGCCGGACCCGGCGAAGCCCACCGACGAGUUCCAACACGAAGUUAGAGAACUCCGUGCAAGGUCCGGCGAGCUUCCGGACGAGUACUUCGUGGUUCUCGUCGGAGAUAUGAUCACAGAGGAAGCACUGCCAACGUACCAAACAAUGAUCAAUACGUUGGAUGGUGUUAGAGAUGAGACAGGGGCGAGUUCCACCCCUUGGGCUGUGUGGACUAGAGCUUGGACGGCGGAGGAGAACCGCCAUGGUGAUCUCCUCUCCAAGUACCUCUACUUGUCUGGAAAAGUUGAUAUGAUGAUGGUGGAGAAGACGGUGCAGUAUCUUAUUGGUGCUGGCAUGGACCCUGGUACUGAGAACAACCCUUACUUAGGCUACAUAUAUACUUCGUUUCAAGAGCGUGCCACCUUUAUUUCUCAUGGAAACACUGCUAGGCUAGCGAAGAAUUAUGGUGACUCUGUUCUUGCUAGGAUUUGUGGCACCAUUGCUGCAGACGAGAAGCGUCAUGAGACUGCGUAUACUAGGAUUGUGGAGAAGCUUAUUGAGCUUGAUCCUGAUGGUGCUCUUAUUUCCAUUGAGAACAUGAUGCGCAAGCGCAUCACAAUGCCGGCUCAUCUCAUGAGUGAUGGAUGUGAUCCUCAUCUGUUUGAGAACUUCUCUGCUCUGGCGCAGCGUCUGGGUGUGUACACUGCUGGAGAUUAUGCUGACAUACUAGAGUUCUUGGUUGGUAGGUGGAAGCUUGAAAGUGUUGAAGGACUUAGCUCAGCAGGGCGUCGAGCGCAGGAGUUUGUUUGUGGGUUGCCUGCAAGGAUAAGGAAGAUGCAGGAGCGAGCAGAUGAGAGAGCGAAGACAAUGGCGCCGCAUGUGGUGAAGUUCAGCUGGAUCUUCAACAAGGAUGUAGCACUUUGAGUACAGAUGAGGAUGCUUACAGCUUGCUGUCAUGAUUCAAUUGAUGUUAGAGCUUGUUUUGUAUUGCAUUUGAAUCCAUGAUAAGCAUGUUGUGUUUGGAUAUGAACCUUAGUCAUGACCUCCUUUCCUGCCCAUGAAGUUCAGCUUCAUUUUCAAUUAAAGUAACACUAAGAUCUAGAAACUUUCUACAAUGUGAAUUUCAUAUGCU